CUGAGAUUUCAUAAGAUCACACACUGUUAUAAACCUCAUUCUUCUUAAUUAGUAGCAAAGUAAAUUGUAAGAAAUGAAAAUGGAAGAAAGAGAGGAAAAUCGACACGAAGGUCUUCAGCAGCAGUUGAGAGAGCUUGAGGAAGAAUGGACAGCCAUGAAAACCGGUAAACAUUCAUCUGCAGUUUCAUGGAUCACAGUGGAAGAAGCUCUUGAGUAUGUCGAAAACUCUCCCAGAAACCUAAUGCUCUCUCUCCAACACAAACCAGAGGCAGAGAUGAUACACGAAAGAUCACCUUUAAGGAGAAAACUCUUUCACGACUUUGAUGAUGAUGAUCAAACCAAGAAGACGACAUCGUUUUCUCAUUCAUCUUGUUGGUCUUCGAAUGUGACGAGUUCGAGUGAUACUAGGAAAUCAAAGAAGAAGACGACGAUUGAAAGGAUUGUCUCUGUUACUAUGGUGUUGCUUUUGUCAUGGGUUUUAUAUGUGUUGAUGAACGGCUUUGAUCAUCUCUUCAUGAAUACACAUAUCAAUACUUUGGUUCCUACAUGAGAAUUUUUUAUUAUUUUGGUUUGUGAAUUUUCAUCAAAACUCAAUAA